AUGGCUGCAGACGCAAUGAGUGACCCGCCAUCAGUCGGCAUCAUAUCAGAGCGACUACGGGGCCUGCUGCAACGCGCCAGAGAAAUCAAAUCAGUCGAAACCAUCGAUCCUCCUCUACCCGUCUCAGAAGUAGCACAGGAAACCUCUUCGCUCGGAAAGGAUGUCUUUGAAUCGCAACCCGACGCGCACAAGUUCUCUGUCGUCGAGACGGCCGCGNNAAAAAAGAUCUUCUACGAAACCAUUGUACGCCCCUCUGCGCUUGUCGCCUUGUCUGGACCUCCUCAAACUAAUGCACCAAUANNGCAAUCCACUGAUAUCAGAACCCCUGGCUUUGUCCGUAUGUGGGACUUCUUGGACCUUCUGCUACUCUGCGGCGAACUUGGACAGUGCGAACCCAUUCUUGCUUUCUGGCUCGUCGAAGAGCUUCUCGACAGUCAGACUACCGAAGGCUGUAGGAUAGUCUUUGACUACCUCGAGUCCAGACGUGAACGACUCAUUCAAAAGGACUUUCACAAGACUCAUCUUGCUCUCCUCCGCUCAUGCAACGAACUGCUGCGCCGACUCUCCAGAGCCGAAGAUGCUGUCUUCUGCGGACGAGUCUUCUUUUUCCUCUUCCAGACCUUCCCUCUUGGCGAUAAAAGUUCCGUCAAUCUGCGCGGUGAAUAUCACACAGAGAACGUUACUGUCUUCGAAAAGGAUCCCCCAGCUGAUGCCGCGACGACGGAACCCAUGGAUGUCGUUAUGGAAGGUGAAACCGAGUCACAGCCAAAAGACGCUGAUGGUACCGAGAACACCGUUCCAAGCAAGGAUCAAACGACAGACUCCACUACCGAGAAGAAAGGCGACGAAACCAAAGCUGAAGACUCAGAAUUCUAUCCCGUUUUCUGGAGGCUACAGCACGACUUCUCGAAUCCGACGCGACUUUUCGAAGACGAAAACUUCACUCCCUUCAAGGACGGCAUCGAGAAGACGCUGGCAAAAUUCAAGAAGACACCAGUAGUCGCACAAACCAAGAGUGCUGGAGAUGCUCAACGUGGUAUCAAACGCAAGCUUGGUGACGAGACGGGUGAUCAAUACGCAAGCAACUACAACCCAAAGUACUUGACCAGUCGGGAACUCUUCGAACUCGAGCUGAGCGACUUGGCAUUUCAACGUCACAUUCUGGUUCAAGGACUCAUUCUCAUUGACUUUCUGCUCUCCCUCACCGACAAAGCAAAGAAGAAGUGGACAGAUGUUGAGAAAGCCAAUCCCAAAUCAGCCAACAAGGGUCUCCUGUACAGCUUCACCUUGAAUGAAGAGAACAAAUGGGUGAUCUCAACACGUUCCAAGAUUGCCGGUUAUCUACAGGAAGGACCCGAGGGAAAGUUUUACUAUCGUAUGGUCGACACUGUGCUUUCCCGCGAUAAGAAUUGGGUGAGAUGGAAAUUGGAGAGCUGUCCACCAAUCGUCAGAGAUGCUGUCACUCCAGAAGAGAACACAGAAGCGAAGUCUGGUGCUCGGCAAGCAACCAUCAAUAGGCGCCUCAAGGCGAAACCAAUGGGUGCCAUCGACGUGACCUUCCUCGCAGAAGUGGACAACGCGAAGGGUCUCGAGGCUCUGAAAGACGUUUCAAGGUUCACGGCUCCAACACCCGAGAAGCUCGUCAAGGGGAUUGAGGGAGACGACCUUGAUCUGGAAAUGGCCAUGACAGACGAAGAGAAGAACUCUUUGGAGGCUGCCAAGCAGAGCAAGACCUGGCGCGCGUUGCGGGCUGCAUCCAGAACCUCACUGGCGUUGUUAGACAAGGUGGAUCCCUCCACACGCUUACCUGCCUUGUUUAAGCAGGAGGAGAACCAGGGAGAGGCUGCUGCUCACGACCCGACAUCUGCACCCGAGAAUGACAGUGGAGAAGUCGCCGUGACCAUGGAUGGCAAGGCAGAAGAAGCCUCUCUCCCACCCAUCGAUGAGAUUAGCCAUCGCGCAAGAGCCACCGGUGAACGAGGGGGACUUUUUCUGAUGGCUUGGCGAACGGUGAACGCGCUCGAUUCGCAUGGCGGCUCGCUUAAAGCGCACCCUGCGCAGAUCAAACCGCCGUCUCUCUCUACGCGUGUCGGGCCCGAGCAGACCAACUUCCGCAGGCACGCCGCAGCAUCAGGUCCUGCUCCCUGGGUCUUGAAAGCUUCGAGCACGAGCAACUCGGAUAACAGGCCCCAGGAGCUCGAGCAGCAAAUCUCCAGCCGCCCUGCGUUCCGACGGUAA